UCUUUAGCUGUGCUAUUCAACUGUACUAGAUGCAGCCUAUCGUGAAUCUUGUUGGUUUUUCUCAAAAUUGUGCAGUCACUGGAGUACGGGCUUAAGAGAUUGGAAACAUUUAUCAUCACGCAUUAAAGAGCACAGUAAAAGCAAAGCUCAUAUUGAAGCUUGCGCUGUUCACGACCUUUGGAGAAAAAAUCGUGCCAUUGACAAGAACCUAGAAGAAGAGUUAAAAGAUCAUUCUGCCGGAGGAAUGACUCAAGAAGUUCUAAAUAUACUAAAAAAUCUAGAUAUUCCCAUUGAAAAAUGUUAUGGGCAAGGCUACGAUGGAGCCAGUGUAAUGAGUGGGGCUUAUAAUGGAGUAAAUGCUCAAAUAAAAAGAGCAAAUCACAACAUAAAUUUAGUAAUAAAUGUUGCAGUAAAUUGUUGUAAUAUUUUGCCACAUUGCAAAAUAUAUAUUCUUUUUUUGGUUUAAGUAUUAAUAGAUGGGAUCUUUUAGCUUCUUUUACCAGUGAAUCCAAAACAACUUUAAAAACAUUAAAUCCAA